CAAAGUUUUAAGCCACGGUCUAACGGUUAUAAAAAACAAGCACUAUCUCCUUAUAAGGACUUGUCCUGAUCUUCUUCCCCGAUUUCUAUUUGAUACUCUGUCACAACAGCAAUUAUUCUCAACUGAAUAAAGACGAAAUGGUUGUCGAUACUGUUAUCUACCACCCAACUUUGACAAAACUCAUCACCUAUCUCAACACCACUGCUGGUCGUGAGAAGACGCUUCGUCUUGUCCAGUACCUUGUCCGUUUCCUCUCUUUCCAUGCGGCACAGAGAGGUCUGCCAGACCUUGCCAGAUUGUUCAAGUCGUUGCAAGGUAAUGCUACGUUUAUCAGAAAGGCUCUGAGAUUCUUGAAGCCUCUGAACCAUUUGCAGGACGCUGCAAAGGCUUACGACAACAAGCUGACGGACAGUGUCAUCAGAAGCACCGUUGUGUUGAAGAACCUUGCAUACGUGGGGUACUUGUCCCUUGAUUCCGUUGCUUGGUUUAAGUUGUUGGGACUGACAUCACCAAAGACUCUUCCAAAGGCACCAAAAUGGGCCAACUGGUUUUGGUUCAUUGGCCUGGUUGCCGGCUUGACAAACGAUUUGAGAAAGAUUGCCAUAACCUCUUCCAAGUUGAAGUCCAUUGCAUCUGAAGAAGAUGCCGAGAAGGAGAUCUCCGCUGAGCAAAAGUCGCUCUUGGCUGAGAGCGCAAAGACCCACAAGAGACUUGUAUGGGACUCUUUGGACUUCUUCAUCGUCCUCAACAACCUGGGAUUCUUGCACUUUGACGAAGGUGCCAUUGGUCUUGCAGGUACAUUCACCUCCAUUUUUGGAGUUCAAGACAUUUGGGCAAACACAAAGGUCUAGACACACACGUUAUAGUAAAUACAAGUAUUCGAAGGUUCUUUCGUUGGUGCUUUCAAGGGUUGUCUUUGAUCCAUUGCAAGACGUAGUUAGGCCGUAGUUAGGCAACCGUAGUGUGGUGCGAACGUUGGUGUUUGGGUGUUCUGUCCUUCCU